GGGUGAGGGCAUGUGCUAGGCUGCUCCAUACGUCACGUGUGGGCGUGUCGGCGGUAGCUGAUAAAAGGAGGUGGCUGCUCCGGGAGCCUGGCAGAGCUGUGUAAACCCAGCAGGGAGGAGUACGCAGAGGACUCAUGGACAUACUGAGGAAUAUAGCUUAUCAGCCGGCUAGCGGGGGCAAGAUGUGCGAGCAGACACUGGGCAGAGUCGUUGACAGCAGCAGGAGGUGGAGGGUCCCAGCUGAGGGCGACCAUAUCCACCACACCUGCCCUACCUCUGCCAGCGAGGUGUCCAGGAUUAUAACAGACCCCAGCACAGGAAAGAGAUACUGCAGGGGCAGAGUGCUUGGCAAGGUAACCCACCGGGCAUGACACAUGGCACUGUCAGCUGCUGAUAAGGCAUUGCUGCUGGCACACUCUAUGGGAUGCAUUGAAGCAUUGCUCAUCGGAUGCAAAAUUUGGAUUUACAGACAUUCUAAAUGGAAUCCAAGUCCUCUCUAUUCUAGUAACAUAAAAUAUUUAUUUCCAUAUAAUACCAUGGUAUUCCAAUCACCCCCUCCCCAUCUUGGAUUAUCUGGGCAUCUCCAUUGCUAUUAAACUGGUACCUCUCACUGCAUCUUCAUACCCCAUCCUCUCCCUGCCAGCAGUGAUUACAGCCAAACACUAUUAUCAGUGGCUGGUGAUGUCUAAUUCUGAAUGAAAUUCACAUUAUAUUGAUUUAUUGAUCAGCAACAGGUUAAUCUAAAUGUGUUUUUCUAUGCUGGUACUGUACAUUUGCAGACACAUAAGGAACAUGUAUUUUUUUAUGGUUUCAUUUACUACUUGAUAUUAUUGUCUAAUAAAAAUACUCUAAUUCUGCAUCAGUCUAAUUCAUUCCACUAAAAUAAUAAAUCACUGCAUUUUAUAAUCCUCAUGGGUUCUGCCUCAAUGCAUCAUUCUACUUGAUUUCUUUAUGUUGUUUAUUAAAAAUUAAAUAGACUUGUGAGAAUAUUGUUUUAUUUGAUUGCUAAUACCUUUGUCCUUUGUGCAUUGAGCCCUUUGCUUUCUCCCCCAGUCUGCCGAGGGGUUAAAUGUACCAGAUUUGCACUACAGAUAUAUUGCAUUAUGUGUAUUGCAAUGUUUUAGUUUGAUUGCUGUGGUUAAUCCUUUAAUCAUUUUAUACUUGCCACACUGCAUUCACAUAGGUUUUGUCAUUGCCGUUUCUUCCAACCUUUGAUUCAUUAUCAUUGCUUUGUUUAUAGGGUGGAUUUGCAAAAUGCUAUGAAAUGACAGAUUUAACAACCAACAAAAUCUAUGCUGCUAAAAUAAUCCCUCACAGCAGAGUAUCCAAACCACAUCAGAGAGAAAAGGUAGGUACAAUAAAACUUAAUCACACAUGUCUAGUUUAUUUUUAGUGACAAUAACUUUUUAUGGAAUUUAUAAUAUAUGUACUUAAAAUUUUUUUAAUUUUUUUUUAAUUUGUAGAUUGAUAAAGAAAUUGAAUUACACCGGACCCUUAAUCAUAGACAUGUUGUGCAGUUUUAUCACUAUUUUGAAGACAAAGAAAAUAUUUACAUAUUACUGGAAUACUGCAGCAGACGGGUAAGCUUCUUGGAUUGUUUUAAUUGUCCCUCCUUGUUUCUAACGAAAUCAGCCUCUCAGAUUGAUUUCUACGGUACCAAGAAAUUCACGGUCACAUCGCAACAAUCCUUUCAUUUGUCUUUGCAGUCAAUGGCUCACAUAUUAAAGUCCAGGAAAGUAUUGACGGAUCCUGAAGUGCGCUACUACCUCAAGCAGAUUGUGUCAGGGUUAAAAUACCUACACGAGCAAGAAAUCCUCCACAGAGACUUAAAAUUAGGUAAUCAUUUUAACUAUUUAUUUUCUAACUAUCCUUCAUGUAUUAGCAACAUCCUGCAUGUGUUAGACUGCAAGCUCUUUGGAAAAUAUAUUUUUUUGUAUCCUGAAAGAAUCAUUCAUGUGAUCUUGAGAUCUAUAUAUAAUAUUGUAUUCAAUAGGGAGAUUAAUUUGGUCAAGGCUCAAUCUGGCUUAUUGCAAUUUCAGGCUUCUCUUCUAUGAAUUUUUUCAUGUUAUAGUAAUGGUUUGCUUGUUUUUCUUUGUCUCUAGGAAAUUUUUUUAUAAAUGAAAGUAUGGAGUUAAAAGUGGGCGAUUUUGGUCUGGCAGCCAGAUUGGAACCUCUUGAACAAAGAAGAAGGUGGGUUUUUAUUUUUUUAUGAAGUCCACAUGCUAUAGCAGUCGAUCCUCAAGGAUCUUAACAAUACGAUUGGAUUUUAAUUUUUGGCUUUUCUUCUCCCCCAGAACUAUUUGUGGCACACCAAAUUACCUCUCUCCAGAAGUGCUUAAUAAACAAGGACAUGGAUGUGAAUCAGAUAUAUGGGCAUUAGGAUGUGUAAUGUAAGUGUCUCUUAAAUGAAAAUCGGCAUACAUUUCUAAUUCUAUUUAUAUAAAAAAAGAAGUAAACUAAAUGUCUUUAAUAAGACAAUGCAUUGAUAUCGAUUUAUAAAGAUAAAUUAAAUAAAUGGAUAGUUGCUUAUCAUCACAAACCUCCAUACUUAAAGAAUACAUUAAUUUGAGAACGACAUAGCCCGGAAUGCAUGUGGAGGGUAUUUAUUGUUUCUUAAAAAUGCUUCAAUGUGGGUAAAGCAAUCACUGUUUUUAAGGUAGUGUGUAUAUAUAUAUAUACAGCCAGGCACACUAGACGUGGGUUAUCCCUGUAACACAGUUUAGAUAGGGUUAGGUAUUUGGCCUAUAUUUCCAAAUUGAACAAAGGGGUGGAGUAGCAAUGCGUGUAACUUUCAUUGUAGAACUAUGCAACCUACAUCAGACUAGUUAAUUAUAUGAGAAUGUAUGCCUAUAUCUCUUAAAUGCAGAUGUUUAAGGAUUAUUUUUACUGGAAUAAUUACAGUGCAAUAAAACGAGAUUUGUCUUCUUUUCUUAAAGGUAUACCAUGUUACUUGGCAGACCACCCUUCGAAACAACAAAUCUUAAAGAAACCUACAGAUGUAUCAGGGAGGCAAGAUACUCCCUCCCAUCGUCAUUGAUGUCUUCUGCAAAGCAUCUCAUCGCAAGCAUGUUGUCAAGAAACCCAGAGGACAGGCCAAGCUUGGAAGAAAUCAUCCAACAUGACUUUUUCUCGCAGGUAUGUGAAUGACAUUGUCUUUAUUAUCUGUUUUUGUUUUUUGGGAUUUUUAAUUUUUUUUUUUUUGUGAUGAAUGCAUAAUUAGGUUAUUAAUUGGCUCUUUACUUUUUUCCAUUUGCUUCAGGGCUUCACACCCGACAGACUUUCCUCCAGCUGCUGUCACACUGCACCUGAUUUCCAUUUGUCGAGCCCUGCCAAGAGUUUCUUUAAAAAGGCUGCUGCAGCUCUAUUUGGUGGGAAGAAAGAAAAAGCAAAAUACUUAGAUAAUCACAGUGAGUAUCAAAAGGUUAAUUGUUUACAAUAAAAUGAUAGAUGGAGCAUACUCCUCCAUACAUUCUUCAUAACACAGACGAAUUCUAACAGGACUAUGUUCUUUGCAGAUAAGCUUCCAAAGGAAGAUGAAGAAAUUUACAAGCUGAGACAAGACUUGAAGAAAACCUCCAUCUCUCAUCAGCCUCAAAAUCCCAGAACAGAUGAGGUGAGUUGACUUUCCUGUAAAUUGGCUGGGGUGCAAAGGGACUUGUAUAGAAAUUGGUAUUUUAUUUUUAGACCACUGCUGAAUUUCAUUCUUUUGUGUGACAUAUAUGCAAAUAUAAUUUUUAUUUUUAUUUUUUAGGACAGCAAAACUGUAUCCAAAUCAAGUGUUCUAGAAAAGAGUGACAAACAGCAGAUGGGAGACAUGAUACGAAUGAUUGUCAGAGGAACCCUUGGAAGCUGUAGCAGCAGUAGUGAAUGUAAGUAUGUCACAAGACCAAAGAGGACCUUCUCUUGUUACCAUGUUAGGUAUUCUGUCGAGGGGCAGAUCUUCUUGAUAGUAAUUUCUCAUAUAUUCACCUCCAGGUCUUGAAGACAGCACCAUGGGUAGUGUUGCUGAUACUGUUGCACGUGUUCUUAGAGGUUGUUUAGAAAACAUGCCAGAUUCAGACUGUAUUCCUAAAGAAGAUAUAAGCACAUCAUUCCAUUGGGUGACAAAGUGGGUGGACUACUCCAAUAAGUACGGCUUUGGUUACCAGUUGUCAGACCACACCGUCGGUGUCUUGUUUAAUAAUGGAGCACACAUGAGCUUGCUACCUGACAAAAAGUAAGUGUUACAGACACUCUAUAGCCUGCCUCUAACUGCUUGCCUACCAUCCUUAUGUCCCUACGUUUCUCUAAUAUAUUGUUUUAUUCUUCCUCUCCCAUCAUAGGACUGUGCACUACUAUGCAGAACUGGGGCAGUGCUCAAUAUUCCCAACCACCGAGGCUCCGGAACAAUUCAUUAGUCAAGUUACAAUUCUGAAAUACUUUUCUCAUUACAUGGAAGAGAAUCUUAUGGAUGUAAGUAUCCCAUUGAUCUCAUGCUAAAGAAAAUAUACUAAAUUAUAUAAUUUUUAAGUGUUAUAGUCAAUCUCUAAAAAUCUUAUUUCAUAGAAAUUGGGAGAAAAACAUCUAGCGCACAAUUCAGUCUUGUGAUAUGCUGACACUUUACAUGUCCUGUUGUGCAAUGAUGUCCAACACCUAUUCUUAGUCCAUUCUAGAUAAAAUACCAGUCUGUGAUUAUUUGGUUAGAUAUGAUAUAGAAUAGAUUAGGAUUUGGACCUUAAUUUCAUUUUCAAACAACUGUAAUGGUGUAAUGAAUAUCACAGUGGAUAAACUAACAUAUUUUUAUUUUAUUUUUAAGGGAGGUGACUUACCAAGCGUGACAGAUGUAUGUAGACAAAGACUUUAUCUUCUCCAGUGGUUGAAAUCUGACAAAGCUCUCCUAAUGCUUUUUAAUGAUGGCACAUUUCAGGUAUUUAUCUUUACACGUCUGACCUAGAUUUAUCUAAAUGAAACAGGGAUGUUGUGUUCCUACGAUUACAUACUUUAAUAUAUUAAUUUAUUUACCUUUUGCAUUCCACAGGUGAAUUUUUACCAUGAUCAUACGAAGAUCAUAAUUGCCAACCAAAGCGACGAAUACUUAUUAACCUAUAUAAACGAGGAUAGGAUGUCUACAACAUUUCGUCUGAGCACUCUUCUUCUGUCUGGAGGUUCAAAUGAUCUAAAAAACAGAAUGGAAUAUGCAUUGAACAUGUUGUUACAAAGAUGCAAUUGAGUUAGUUAAAAGCAAUUGGAUACAAUCAAGACAGAACUGUCCUACACUGUGAGAUCAUAUGUAUGAGGCAUUGGAACGUGCCGUGUUGGAAACGGGAGGUGGUACGAAAAGAAAUUUCCUACGUGGUGCGCUGGGCUGGGACCAGACUGAGGCUCAAUCAAUCCUGCUUUGUUGGAUUUUUUUUUUCUUUUUAUGGAUAAAGUUUGUCCUCUUGAUUUUGGAAAAUGUAUGUAAUAGGCUGCAAGCACAUAAGCUUCACGGGUAGAAAAAGAACAAACUCUGACAAAGUGGGGUAGUUUUGCAUUUAGCUCCAUGGUGAGCAUUUAUAUGGAGGAUUUGUACUGUGAACAUUUUUCCGAUUCCUGGAUGGAUAUGGCAAACCUAAAGGACAAAGAAUGUUUUGAAAACUAUGGAAUCGCUGUGAUCAAUGCAGCUCGCGACUGCUUAACUGUGAACUAUGGCCAUAUUUUUGUUUGUUUUGUUUAAUACCCACAUUUGUGGCUGGACAAGUGCAUUCCUAGUUAUUAAAUAAUUUAUUACAGCCCAAAGUGAUGUAUUAUUUAUGAAUUUUUUGGACUUUAAUAUUUUAAGUACCGGUAUACGUUGUUGGCAAUAAAGAAAAAUGUAAAAUGA